AUGUCGGAAUCAAACGAGUCUCCCCUACCUAUUUCUGGUGGAACACCAAUCACCCAAGAAUCAUUACGAUCACGUGGGCUGGCACCCCUGCUCGACGAAGUGGAUUUGCUCCACAGUCCUACAGCGCGCGGCUAUUCCCGCGUCAUUCGCGAAAGAUUCGGCGGCGGAGAGACAGAAGCACGAAGUUGGAGCAUUUUGUCUACCAACGCCACGCCCGAACAACGAACGCAUCUGCACUGGAUACGUAGAUAUCUACAGAUCUACCAGUGUCCGCCACCAUGGCUAAGAAAGUCAAGUCUCGCAUCAUUGGCGUGCGCCUCAUAUCUAUGGCCAUGACCGGCUUCUUCUACCAAAUGUCCAGGCCGAGAACCUCGACUCCGUUAAGCAUGCUCAAAUACGACCCGAUAGUGCGAAGAAAAGUCUUGUUUCUCGAACAAAAACGAAAAUCAAGCAAGUGAUAGGGUUGUAGGAUGGCUAAGAAUCAUUAAAAGAUACCGGGAAACGGACGGGUUUAGGCAAACAGCACACGGUUUCAAAUGCCUUGUGUGGAUAACAUUUGUACGAUUAUGGAGACAAAGCACAUAGAGUACGAGCCUGCUGUUUUACACUGCCAAGCUCAAAGUUCAUGUGCUAUAUUACGUGUAGACUAAACAUCAGCUUUUCUACGCCCCAGCAAAUCUGACUCUCCGUCUGUCUAGAUUUCAAGCUAAGUUGAAAGCAAUGUCAUCAAAAUUUUCAAAAUACAAGUCAAGUGCAUAUUUGGAGCUUCCAAAACUAAAAGCAAGUGAGCAAAA